AUGGCUUGUGUCACGACUGCCUCAGCCACCAGUAGCAUCAUCGUCCCAGCCGGGUCACGUGGUGCGCCAGGAGCGGGCGGUGGGUGUGUCCAAUCGCGUGUGGUUUCAUUCAUAACUCCAGUCUUUCAGUCAGAGCCGGAGCUGAAGCAUGCAGACGGAGCAGGCUGCCUGCGGAGCGCUUCUCACGGAGUCUACGGCGGGGGCUCACUCACUGUGACCUGGACCAUGAGCAAUGAUCUGCCUGUCCUGACGAGUCUGACCGAGAACACCACUCACCAGGACGUGCCCGUGUCGGCCGGCCAGGCGGAGAACUAUGUGCUGCUGCUGGUGCUGCUGAGUGUUUUUGCCGGGGGGACGCUGGUCCUGCUCUCCCUGCUGCUCCUCUUCUGUCACCGCUGUUGCCUGGGCGGACGGCGCUACUCCAGAGCGAGCGAUGACCCUGAGAAGACAAACACCACCUAUGCUGAGGAUUCUCAGCCCACACAAGAAAUUACAAUUCGUCUGGAUGAAUCAGACGCCCUCUCGGCUUCGAGCUGUCACGAUGGAGAGCCGGAGCGAUUUGUUUUCACCGGGUCGACGGGCCGCAGAGUCUCCUUCAAUGAAUCUGCACUUUACGAACAGGAAAAAGCGACCCAGGAAAAAGGACGCAGGUACACCCUGACCGAAGGAGACUUUCACCACCUGAAAAAGGCCCGACUGACUCACCUCCACCUGCCUCCGGCUCCAUGUGACCUGAAGAUACUCACCAUCAUGGAGUGCGACUCCACAGAGAGCAGCAGCAUGAACAUCAGUGAGACCGCAGCUCCCAGACUGCCGCUCAGCAUCUACCAGCCUGCUGAGAGAAGAAUCCCUGACUGGAUAGGGCAGAGUCUGAGUGGGGGGCUGCCAGGAGACCCUCAUCACUCCACCGUCCUGGACCAGGGCUGCAGAGGGCCUUCGUCACAGCACACCCGGUCCCUGACAAUGGAAGCUUUCGGGGACAGGGGGGAGUCUGAGAGCGAAAGGGGCUCGGGGGGAGAGUCUAUUCAAGCUCUGGGCCAGACGUCCGUCCUGUGCUUCUUCUCCAAACUGCGGAGACACGCUAGCCUGGAGGGAGCUGGGCCUUAUUUUAGAAAGUGGAAGUUUGACACCAGUCACCGAGCUGCUAGUCUGGAUACUAAAGGAUCCCCGAGGAGGAGACCCUUUCAGAGACAGAGAGCAGCGAGUGAAACCACCGACCACACCGACGAGGACUCUUCUCCCUACCGAGAUGAUGCCUUUGAAUCAUUUCCACAUACUCCCAUCCAGACCGGCGGCUUCCAGUCCCUCUCGGCCGAGUCUCUGUCUCAUCCUGCAUCUGCAUCCACGUCCUUAGUGUUUCUGAGAAGGCUCAAACCGGAGGCCGUGGUGGAGGCGGGCGGCAGCAUCAGCACCAGGAGCGAGGAACCUGCUCCGACGCAGGAGGUGGCCACGGUCAACGGAACAGGACUGGAACAGGACACCACGCUCGGAGAAGUGCGGGGAGCAGAGGCGGUGGGAGACGAGCUGGAGUCCGUGGAAAACGAUGACCUGUUCGGGACAGAGCAGGAGGCUGCUCCGCAGGAAAGGUUCGAGGACAUGCUAAGAAAAAAUGACAACGCAGAAACAGACGGCGGCACGGCGGACAUGAGGCGAACGAAAGAGGUGGAAGAUGGAGAAGAGGUGGUGCUCGGGGCUGAAGCCAGACGACGGACCGACUCUGGCUCCUCUCUUUCUUUCAUGGUUCGCCAGGAGAGCUCGGAGGCCCCUCCCUCGCUGUACAGGGACAUCUGGAGCUUGCGAGCCUCUUUGGAGCAGUACGCCUCCUCAGACCAGAGCAGCACGGACCGGGAGUCCAUCCGCAGCGACGCAGACAGUGUCUCAUCCUUUGGCGGGGCAGGGGUUCGCUCCGGCCUGGACAGCUGCUUGUCACAGGACCUGGACGAUGAGCCGGAAGGAGACGGCGAGGCGGAGGAGGGGGCAACCAGAGGGGCAUCUGGUGGUGACAGUGAGAUGGGGGGUGGUGUUGGAGGGGAGGCGGAAGGAGGAAACAGGAAGCUGCUUCAAAUGGACAGUGGUUACGCCUCCAUAGAAGCACCCUCCAGGGCCCCAGAAGAGAUGCGGUUGUUUGGAGCUCCCGGAGCCCAGCGAGGGAAGACGGCGUCAGAGAGGAGACUGUUCUUCACCAGCUCUGGAAGAAAAGGCACGGUGUGCGAGAGCGUGGAGGCCCGGCUGUUUCAGGAGGAGCUGGAGGACCAGAUUGGAGACAACACUGACACAGAGCAGAAAUCACAGACUCAAACCCUACAAGAGCCGCACCAACUCCUGAAAUCCCUCCAUCCUCAGAAAGCGCCAGAACCACAGUCUCCGCUCAUGAAACCAACCCAGGCCCCUGGAAGUCCUCAUCGACCCCGCCUCCGUCGCCGCGACUACAGCAUAGACGAGAAGACGGACGCUCUGUUUAACGAGUUCCUUCGUCACGACCCUCGCUUCGAUCAGCAGGACUCCCCGCUGCGCUCCAGACACAGAUCCAGAGUUCACCUGCGGAAGCAAUGGCAAAGGCACAAGCAAUACAGCGACCCGGGCUCGGCCUCCGGGGGCAGGUACUCCCCGUCUUUGGAGAGGCAGAGGUUCUGUCCGCUGAGGAGGGGCGACAGCGCUGGUUACCCUCUGGACACCAGGUACCACAGCACCCUCUCACGAAUAGCGAGCGCCGCAGACGAAGAAGCCAGCGAGGUCGCCGCUUCCGAGGAAGCAGCUAGAGAGAGAGCAGAGGACGCCGACCCGACGAAAAACAGCCACGGCUCUGCAGAGUCGAGCGGGGAGGCCAACGACUGCCACGGCUCCACGAAUAAGGACUCAGAAAGCACAACGGGCCGAUGUGGGAGCACUGUGACAGAGCAGACAAGCCACAUGGAUCCAAGAGUCGACAACAGGAACAACAACAGCAGUCAAGGGGUCCUGCUGGAGGUUUCCCCGCAGGUGGAGAGCAGUCUGACAGACAAGCUGGUGGCGUCAGUGGAGGAGAGGCUCUAUGGCGGCCUUCGGAGCGCUGAGAACCCGGCAGAGCCUGAACGCGUCCUCGCUGUGUCCCACACAGCCUCGCCUGGAUUCAGUCCAACAUAAUCAUGUCAGCUUCUUUUUGUGGACCUGUUCUCUAUAAAUCCAAACAAUUCAAAUAUAGUUGUGUUGAACAGUGUUAGAUGUAUUUUACAGGACAGAACUAAACUCUGGUCCCAUUUCUCCCCAUUCACACCUCAGCUGCCACUGUGAUGCCCAUUUAUUUAUUAAAGAAAAUCCUAAAAGCUCACCUGAGCUCAUCCCAUGAAGAUGCAGAAAAUAUUUUAUCUGUGAAUUCAUAGCAUGUAACUGUAGGUCCAAUGUAUAUAUGAAUACCGUACAGUUCAAACUAAAGAGCACUUUGAUGGGAAGAAGUUUAACAUGGUGUUUGUCACCCAUUUCUUUUAUUUUAAAAUCACUCCUCAAGUGUCCUUGUCUCAGCCAUCAUGAGGGUAAACGUUGGUGUGAAUUCAGCACAUAACGUGAGAAACAUUGAUGAACAUGUUUACAUUAAAACACAUCCAGCAUGGAACGGAGAAUAUAAAUAAAAUCAGAUGCGAAGCAGAAGAUGUGAUCAAAACAAGGUAGAAAUGCGUGAUAUUUUUGUUUUGUACACGUAUAUUUGUUUUUAAUUUUUCACAUCAGCCCAUCUGUCCUUGUUACGCAUCCUAAGUAAAGAGGAGGUAUCCAGGAACUUCCGUGGGCUCAAGUGUUGUGUUGCUGGGACCUUUUGUCUGAGGGAAGACUGACAGAUGAUGCUUAAAGUGACUGACACUGAGGCCUCGGAGGCUUCGAGACAGAUGGCUCAGUGAGGAGUUGAUGCUGUGACGUGUAAAAAAAAACAACUAAACUAACGUCUGCUCCCAGCAGAAACACAUAAACUCACUCUGUAAUACCAAAUAAAAGUAUCUUGAUAUCUUGGUUUUUUUUUACUAUGUUAAAUAAACCCUUGGUGUGGGAGAAGACUUAGAGCACAAGUGACUCGAUCCUGAUUAUGUCUGAUUUCUAGAGUUUAAAUGUUAUCAGGGCAGCACAAAAAUGACUCAAAGAAAAGAAAGAAUGUAGGAUGCUCACUAGGCCUUUUAAAAAUACAAACUUAGUUUUUUCCUUUACAAUUUAAAGAACGUUUUGAAAUUAGGAGUAGGAAAUAAUUGGUUUUCUGCUUUGGUAAAAUGUUUUGUCAAAAACAGAUUAAAUUGUUUACGUUUAACAAAACAUUUUUUGUCUGAAAAAGAAUUUUGGAGGGAUUCAAGCAUCUCUUUUUAAAACCCAAAUAGCCCGUGUUUCUGAACUCUUCAUGGCCAUGAAAAUCUGGUUACAUGAACUGGUUUAUGUGUUCACACUCAAAAAACAGAUGUGCUGGAUUUACUUAAAAUAAUUAUUUCAACUGGUUCCACUCAAUUGAAUUGAAUAAAAGUUAACACUAAUGUCUUACUUUUACUAAAUUCAGCUGAGUGGAAGCAGUUACAAUUAUUUUUUUAAGUAAAUCCAACACAUCUCUUUUUUGAGUGCUUGGCAAAACCAAAGUCCCAGGCAACUCUGUGGUUGUCUUUUUUUCUUUUAAUUAAAUCAUAUCCUAAAUUAUUUGCCUUUUUCUCUCAACUUUAACCAUUUUUCCUCUCUUCAAUACAACCAAUGAUUAUAAACUUCUAUUACAGAGAAGCAGUAACUUCAGUGAGGUUGUUGAUACAAAAACUGCAGCUCUAACCUGGGCACUAUUUGGAGUUUUUAAAUAUCAGAUUGUUGUUGAAUGAAUGAGGUCAUCACCUGAAGAAGCUGCGAUUGUACAGCCCAGCAUGCUUGCUUUUAAAGGAAUAAAAACUCCACUGCAGAGUGCUGCUGUGUGCAUCAUUCAGACAGAAUCCAUGGCUUUAUUCUCAUUCAUGUURCACCCUCUGCUUUAUUGUAAAACAAGUAGUGUGGAAAAUUGGGAUGGCCUACAGCCUUGACAGAUGAACCAACUGCAGCAAGUCCCGGAACAAAAACAAAACAAAACA